UUGCAAAACAGCCCCAUCGUGAUUCGACGGCGGAGAAGAAGACAUACAGACGGCCAGACGCUCAUCCAAUCAUUCCGACGGACCGGUGAUGGCGCUGGAAGGUGGGGGAGGAAGCUUGUCGGAGUUUUACUCUUCUUCUAAGCGGUUGUCUCUGAAGGUCAGGGAUGCCUUGGAGAGGCUGGAGCGUCUCGAGUACACGUCGUCGUCAUCGUCUUCACUUUCAUCCUCGGAUGUCGCCGUCGUUGGGUCCUCCAACGAUCAAGCGCCGGCAAUUCGAAGAGAUAUAAACCAGAUCCAGUCCUUGUGUGCCGACAUGGAUCGCCUCUGGCGCUCCGUACCGUCCAAGCCUCAGCGCGAUCUGUGGAAAAGAAAAGUGGAGCAAGUCAUCGAGGAGGCUGAAUCAUUUAGAGCUAGCCUGGAUAAAUACCAAACGAGGCAACACAAGCGAAUGCAAGAAGCUCGAGAGAGAGCCGAAUUGCUUGGGAGAGCUAGUGGUGACUCGCACGUAUUGAGAAUCUUUGACAACGAGGCACAAGCAAGGGAAUCAGCUCACAGAUCUUCAAGAUUACUGGAGGAAUCCUUGGCUACGGGAGUUGCAAUCCUUUCCAAGUACAGCGAGCAAAGGGAUCACUUAAAGAGAGCUCAAAGGAAAGCCCUGGACGUGGUGAAUGCGUUGGGGCUGUCGAACUCUCUGCUACGGCUGAUUGAGAGGCGGAAUCGAGUGGAUAAAUGGAUCAAGUAUGCAGGUAUGGUGUCAACAAUUGUCAUCCUGCUUGUGUUCUUGAGGUGGACACGAUCAUAGGAUCUUUAAGGUAUUUCUAUUCUACCCAUCAUCAAGUUUAGUUGAUUAUUAUAUAUUGUUGUCUGUUAUAAUCUUUUCGGUUACUAUUUAUUUUCCUUAAGUAUUACUACAGGUUAAACAGAAGCUCAUCUCAGUAACUCCAUUUAUCUUUUCCUUUAUCCGAGCUGUUUUGAGGAAUUGUUUUUCAACUUUUGAAUUUUUUUUU